GAGAAUUCCGGAUUUAUGGGUCUUCCAUCCUGCGGUUCACGCGUUAUGUACCCAAAGUUGAAUUUCAAACAAUCUGAACAACUGAAAAGCAAAAGGAUUUCCUAACUUUGAUGAACCAUUACCUCUUUUCUCUUUAUAUAUCCCUCUCUCUCCAUUCUAAAUCAAAUACUUAAGAAUACCAUAAUCCUGAAAAUCCGUGGUUAUUGUUGAGGUCAGCCAUGGCGCGUGUAGGGUCUCUUGUAAUGGCGUCCAUGGUUAUUUGUGCGUUCAUGCUAGAUUCGUCGGCGUCUAAGAUUCCGGAAAGUGGAAUUCGGGUUGAUCUGGUGCAUGUGGACGCAGGUCUAAACUUCACGGCCCUACAACGUUUGCAGCGAGCAGUCACGAGAGGCAAGCUUAGGCUCGAGAAGCUACAGUCGAAGACGACUGCCGCGUUAGAUGGCUCGGGCGAGGUUGAUAUUGAGGCACCAGUGCAUGUCGGAAACGGCGAGUUCCUCAUGAAACUAGCCAUUGGGACACCGCCUGUGUCCUACUCUGCGAUUGUUGACACUGGGAGCGACCUUGUGUGGACACAAUGCCUUCCCUGUGAUAAAUGCUUCAAGCAACCGACCCCAAUUUUCGACCCUGCGAAAUCAUCAACAUUUGGCAAGCUCUCCUGCAAGAGCGACCUCUGCCAGGCGCUUCCAUCCUCGACCUGCGAUCCCGACUGCGAGUAUGUCUACACAUACGGUGACUAUUCUUCCACACAGGGCACAUUGGCAACGGAGUUGUUCACCUUCGGGGGAGUGUCAGUUUCGGAGGUCGGGUUCGGGUGCGGCAAUUACAACCAGGGCAGAGGUUUCUCACAAGGAGCUGGUCUUGUUGGUCUAGGCCGCGGCCCGCUCUCCCUAAUUACACAAUUAGGGGGCUCAGUCGCAAACAAGUUCUCGUAUUGCCUCAAGUCCAUCGAUGAUUCAGAUUCAGCUACUAGCCCUCUCUUGCUCGGUGCUGAAGCCAAAACAACAGGAGAGGUCAUCACUACACCGCUUGUUCGGAACCCGGAACAGUUUUCAUUCUAUUACAUAACAUUGGAGGGGAUCAGCGUAGGAGGUUAUCUUUUGCCGAUCAAGAACACCACAUUCGAAAUGAAGGCGGACGGGAAUGGUGGCAUGAUCGUGGACUCGGGGACAACAAUUACAUAUUUGGAGGUAGCAGGAUACAGAGAGGUAAGGAAAGCGUUCCUGUCAAAGAUGAAGACGCCAGAGACAGACGGCUCAGCAACCGGGCUCGACCUGUGCUUCUCCCUUCCAUCGUCUGCAACAGAGGUGGAGGUACCCACGCUUACACUGCACUUUGGCGGAGGGGGAAGCCUGGAGCUGCCAGCAGAGAACUACUUCAUCGCAGACGAGAGCACCGGGCUUUUGUGUCUCGCAAUGAUGCCGGCGUCUGGGAUGUCGAUAUUAGGCAACGUGCAGCAGCAGAAUUUCUUGGUGCAGUACGACCUUGGUAAGGAGCUCCUGUCCUUCACAUCUGCUCAGUGCGACAAGCUUUGAGAGAGGAAGAAGACCUCUCUCUCUCACACACCUCAGUGUCUGGUUGUCUUGUUGAAAGAAACCUAGGGUAAGUUCAUAGAAUUCUUAGGGAGAUGGCUAUGGCGUCGAUCCCCAUCGUGACUUGACUGGUUUUAUGCUGUAUACUUCACAAUUAAAUGAAUUUCUUCAUAUUAAUUAAAAGUGGGUUAUUUUGAUUUUCUUCA